AUGCUACGAACCACAAUGAGAAAGCUGUCGAUUUUCAGUGGAUUCAAUCAGCAGAUUGUGAACAUUUUAAAGGAGUUGCCCACACUGACCGAAGGAGUCAUCUCUUCAUCGCCAACGACAACGACAGCUGAGGAUUCAGAAGUGACGGCGGCGGGUUUGGAAAACGGAAAAAAGAAGAGAAAGAAUCAACCUGGAGAGUUUUUCUCGAUUUUCCUGGCAAUGUUUUAUGAAAUCAUUGCUUUCUGA